GCAGGAAGGGGCAUCUGUGGGCAGGAAGGGGCAUCUGUGGGCAGGAAGGGGCAUCUGUGGGCAGGCAGGGGCAUCUCUGGGCAGGCAGGGGCAUCUGUGGGCAGGCAGGGGCAUCUGUGGGCAGGGAGGGGGCAUCUCUGGGCAGGCAGGGGCAUCUCUGGGCAGGGAGGGGGCAUCUCUGGGCAGGCAGGGGCAUCUCUGGGCAGGGAGGGGGCAUCUCUGAUCUGGGCAAAGGGCAUUCGGGAGACCAUAUCAACAAUACCGGGGAGGCUGGAACCAAGCCCGGCUGUGGGCAAAGGGCAACUGACUCCAGGAGCUGCCACUCUGCCCCCGACACAGAAACCUCCAGUCUGCGCUGCAAUGUGGCCCCCAGAGUCCACCUUCCGAUGACAGAAGAUCCCACCGGGGCUAUUGCACCAACCUAAGUAGCACUUUUCUGGUGGGGCAGUAGAGUAUGCCAGCAGCAGAAUGCUAGCACGGAAGAGCAUCAUUCCAGAGGAGUAUGUCCUAGCCAGAAUUGCGGCUGAGAAUUUACGGAAGCCAAGAGUCCAUGACCACCAACGCAAAGCCAGAUUUGUGGCCAAGAGCGGGGCAUGCAACGUGGCUCACAAAAACAUCCGGGAACAAGGCCGCUUCCUGCAGGACGUCUUCACCACACUGGUUGACCUGAAAUGGCGCCACACAUUGGUCAUCUUCACCAUGACCUUUCUCUGCAGCUGGUUGCUCUUUGCCAUGAUGUGGUGGUUGGUGGCCUUUGCACAUGGAGACAUGGACAUCAAGGACAACGUCAAGAAUCCGGAGCCGUGUGUGACCAACGUCAAGUCCUUCACGUCGGCCUUUCUCUUCUCCAUCGAGGUGCAAGUGACCAUCGGCUUCGGAGGGAGGAUGAUGACGGAAGAAUGCCUCUUGGCCAUCACCCUUUUGAUCAUGCAAAACAUCGUGGGGUUGAUUGUGAACGCCGUCAUGUUGGGGUGCAUCUUCAUGAAGACAGCGCAGUCCCACCGGCGGGCCGAGACCUUGAUAUUCAGCCGCCACGCCGUCAUCGCCGUCAGGAACAACCGACUUUGCUUCAUGUUCCGGGUCGGCGACCUCCGCAAGAGCAUGAUCAUCAGCGCCUCGGUGCGCAUCCAGGUGGUGAGGAAAACCGUCACCCCGGAAGGGGAGGUCAUUCCCAUUCACCAAAUCGACAUUCCGGUGGAAAACCCCAUCGAGAGCAACAACAUCUUCCUGGUGGCCCCCCUGAUCAUUUGCCACGUGAUCGACAAGCGGAGCCCCUUGUACGAGAUCUCGUAUUCCGACUUGUCGACUCAGGACUUGGAGGUCAUCGUCAUACUGGAAGGAGUGGUGGAAACCACGGGCAUCACCACCCAAGCCAGGACGUCCUACAUUGCCGAGGAGAUCCUCUGGGGCCAUCGCUUCGUGUCCAUUGUGACGGAGGAGGAAGGCGUCUACUCGGUGGAUUACUCCAAGUUCGGGAACACGGUGAAAGUGGCGGCUCCGCAGUGCAGCGCCAGGGAGUUGGACGAGAAGCCAUCGAUUCUGAUCCAGACCCUACAGAAGAGCGAAUUGUCCCAUCAGAACUCGCUGAGGAAGCGCAAUUCCAUGAGGCGCAACAACUCCAUGAGGCGCAACAACUCCAUGAGGCGCAACAACUCGGGGCUGAUUAUGCCCAAAGUCCAGUUCAUGGCCCCCGAGCAGAUCGAUACUUGACGCGGAGAUGUGGUGGCUUUUCUACCCCAGAGAGGCUACUGUUGCCAUUUAUUACCCUACUCUUUAACCCCCAUCCUUAUAAAGUAUAUUAAAUAGCACUACCCAAGGGGGCAAUAUCCAAAGUACGAUGCCCCUUAGUGCCCUGGACUAAUGGACUUAUCUGCAAGCAUUUCCUUUAGCUGCUCCGCCCCCAGUGAUGUCACGGCCAGAAAGCGAGCCCGGCUUCGCAGCAGGGAUGUGGCCAAUGGGCUUGGGGUUACACAGUAGGGUUAUGAAUGCCGACGGUGCAUCUAUAAGGUAUUUAUUAUACUGUAUAUACAGAGCACUGGGGUACUGGCCCUCGGGAUGGUACAUUGGGCACUUUCAAUAAAACGUUUACACUCAGGUCA